CCAUUUUCUUUUUUCACAUAUAAAUACAUCUCUAUUAUUCAUCAUUCACCAUUCAUUCACCAACCACUCACCAAAUCAACAACUUUGAUCAAAUUCAACCAAUUUCAACAAUGGCUACCAAUAACAAAUCAAAUGGUUUUGAAGACUUGUUACCAGUCAUGGCUAACAAGUUAGGUGGUGAAGGUUUAAUAAAAGAGCUAUGUAAUGGGUUUGAAUUGUUGAUGGACAAAGACAAAGGUGUGAUUACUUUGGAUAGUUUAAGGAAAAAUGCUGCUCUUUUGGGUCUUCAAGAUAUGAAAGAAGAUGAACUUGUUAGUAUGAUGAAUGAAGGUGAUUUAGAUAGAGAUGGAGCAUUGACUCAAAUGGAGUUUUGUGUUUUGAUGUUUAGAUUGAGUCCUGAAUUGAUGGAAGAAUCUUGGUUUUGGCUUGAGGAAGCACUUCAACAUGAACUUGACAACAAUAAUAAUAAUAACUUUUCCUUUUAGUUUUGUUUUCCUAGGAACAACAAUUCAUGAUGUUUUCUUUUCUCUCUUUAUGUUGUUGUUACAAUUCUUCCUAUUGAAAAUAUUUGAUAUGAUUGAAAAAAUUUGGAUAUACUCUUUCCUAUGAACAUGUAUGUUGUUAUUUCAGAACCCUGUAAUGCAUGCAAUAGACAAACCAUAGUUUUAUAUCUCA